UUAUGGGAUAGUGGUGAAUAGCUUUGAGGAGUUGGAACCAGAAUAUGUAAAAGCAUUGAAAAACGCCAAAGGCAAGAAGUUUGGACAAUUGGUCCUGUUUCCCUGUGCAACAAAGAGAAACAAGACAAAGCAGAAAGUGGAAGCAAAGCCUCAAUAGAUGAACACCACUGCCUGAAAUGGCUAGAUUCUAAGGAACCAAACUCUGUCCUCUUUGUUUGUCUUGGAAGUUUAUCGCGCUUGCGAACAUCACAAAUGAUAGAACUUGGACUUGGAUUAGAGUCAUCUGAACGACCUUUCAUUUGGGUUGUUACACACAUCUCAGAUGAAUUUAGAAAAUGGCUAAAUGAAGAGAAUUUUGAGGAAAGAGUUAAAGAACAUGGGAUUUUAAUCCAUGGUUGGGCCCCACAAGUACUAAUAUUAUCACACCCUUCUGUCGGGGGAUUCUUGACACACUGUGGAUGGAAUUCGAGCAUAGAAGGAAUAUCUGCUGGCGUGCCAAUGAUUACUUGGUCAUUAUUUGCUGAGCAAUUUUGUAAUGAGAGGCUAAUUACGAAUGUUCUCAAGACAGGAGUAAAGUCUGGCGUAGAGAAUCCUGUUAUGUUUUUCGAGGAGGAAAAAGUGGAAACACAAAUGAAUAAAGAUGACAUUAAGAUGGUUAUUGAAAGAUUAAUGGGUGAAGAAGAGGAAGCAGAAAUGAGAAGAGAAAGAGCUAAAAAGCUUGGAGAAAUUGCAAGAAAGGCUGUGGAGGAAGGGGGUUCCUCUUACCUGAACUUGACAAAACUAAUACAAGAUGUCAAAGAGCAAGCUAAUAAUGGAAAAUCUAUUUGAAGUCUAAUAUUUGAUUAGGAUAAUGCAAUAUACUGCAUACAUAUUUCAUUUGAAGCUUUAGCAAACUGUUAAUGAUACAGAAUGUUUUGUUUACAAUCUAUAGUGGGCGUUGUCUAUUUCGAUUUA